AUGCUCUGGACAGCAUUCGUUUUUCUCUUCGCCCUCUGCCGAGCGGAAGAAAUCAUUGAGUUACCUGGAGUUGCUUUUGAAAUCAACUUCAGGCACUAUUCAGGAUUCUUCAAGGUCUCCGACACUCAUCGUCUCCACUAUUGGUUUGUCGAGUCACAGAAUAAUCCUGGGAAAGAUCCGCUUAUCUUCUGGUUCAACGGUGGUCCAGGAUGCUCGUCAUUGGAUGGUCUACUGAACGAAAUGGGACCUUAUGUAGUGAAUCCCGACGGAAAAACUUUAAGGAAGAAUCCUUACUCAUGGAAUCAGAUGGCGUCAGUCGUCUACAUCGAGUCUCCAGCAGGUGUUGGUUACUCGUAUGCUACCGACGGAAACAUAACCAUCAAUGACGACCAGACAUCGUUGGAAAACUAUGAGGCUGUCAAGCAGUUCUUUGAGUCAUAUGGCGGUGUGUAUGUUCCGACAUUGACAGCGAGGAUCGUGGACGGACAGAAGGAAUUUCCAGUUAAUCUAAGAGGAAUGGCUCUUGGUAACGGAUAUGUGAACGAGAAACUGAAUAUCGACACCUCCAUUCGAUAUGCUUAUGGUCAUGGAAUAAUCGACGAAAAGACUUGGAACACUAUGGAAAGAGAAUGCUGCAAAGGAUGUAUUGACACUUGCGAUUUUACUAAGGUUUCUGGACACUGUGUGAGUAUGGUAGAGGAUAUCUUCCAGUUCUUGUGGGCUGGUGGACUCAAUCCUUAUGAUCUAUACAGAGACUGUGACCCUAAUCCAUCGAUUAAUAGCGAGAGGAUGACACUAAUGUUGAGAGUAUCCAGCCGUAGAAGUCCCGCCAAUGGUCAUCAUGGACAAACACUCCCCAAAAAGUCGUUUUUCUUCUCCUCUAGCUGUUUAUCACUAUUAAACGAAACGUUUUUUAAGGCAAAUGAACCACUAUUUGGUGAUGCACCGUGUCUCAACGACUCGGAUGUCAUUACAUAUAUGAAUGAUUAUGAAGUGAGAGCAGCCCUUAAUAUUCCGACUGGUCUUUCCAGAUGGGAUAUAUGCAGCAAUCAAGUGACUACCACCUAUCAGAAGCAGUACGGCGACAUGGCGCCCUUUGUGAAGAAGAUCGUUGCAGCAAACGUUCGAGUACUUUUGUACUAUGGUGACACAGAUAUGGCAUGCAAUUUCAUGAUGGGUCAACAGUUCUCAUAUCAGCUCGGUCUUAAACGAACGCUCGGCAAGAUACCGUGGAAAUUCGAUCGCCAAAUAGCCGGUUUUAAAACGCUUUUCGAUGGACUAACGUUUAUCACAGUGCGAGGAGCUGGUCAUAUGGCACCACAAUGGAAGGCGCCUGAAAUGCAUUACGUCAUUCAACAGUUCCUCCGUAAUCAUCCGAUCUGA